CUUUUAAUUGUCCGUCAUAAACGAAAUAUCUUUUGUCAUUUUUUGUUUUUUUUUGGUGCACGUGACCCUCCCUACCUCUUUUUAUUUGGAUGUUUGGUGCUAAAACCGCAUUAGAAUAUCAUAAUACACGAAGCAAAAUACCCCAAUAAAUAAUUUUGUCUAGCUAGUUUGUUCUAAUGAAACCACUGUUCGCAUGCAAGCAAAAAAAACCGGUGAAGUACGUCGAAUGGGAUCACUUACGAUUUUGGAACUUUAGAUUAGAUUCCUUGAGAAUUUUGUUUUCUGCUUGUAGCCCACUGUUCUCUCUUAUGAUUUGAUUGAAUUCAAUCAACCUCAAACUGAUUAAAGUUUCACUAGGGCCCCGAUUCUCCUAAUUUUACUUAAGCGUCAUACGAUUCACGUUCGACUGCGAUCCAAUCCCGACUCGAUUACGAUUUAAACUUUUGGGGAAUUACGCAAAUACUUUAAAAAUGACUAAGAUAAAGAUAAAGAUAGAUUUAUUUGCAAAAACAUGUGUAGAACCGCAAUCAAAAUUGAAACGCAAUCGAGUCGUAAUUGAAUUGCAAUCGAGCCGUAAUUGAUUGGUUGUAGGUGUUGCCAUUCAAAUUCUAGCAAGAGAGUUUUAAUGUUUGAAUGAACUAUGAGUUGGUUUUUAUUAAAAGUUUUAUAAAAGAAGUUUUCUGUGACCGAAUAAUAAAUCAUACCUUUAGCCUUGUCUAUAAAACAAUUAAAAUAAGAGCAAUUAGAAUAUUAAGAUAUAUUUUAAAUACGAUGGCUGUAUAACUCUACUGUCUAUGACGUGGUUUUAAUAUUUGAAAAAAAAGUCUGUUACUUCUCGUUUGCCGCUCGUUUGUUAUUGUGUACUAAGUUUCCAAGUUUGUUAUUGUCAGUGAGUCGUCUUAGGAUAGUUUAUUUCGAAUUGGUAAGUACGCGCCACAUUGUAUUUUCACAUCUAAUAUCUAAUCUUCUAAUCUAAACUUGUUAGUGCACUGAUCAGCGGGGGUCUCUUGACCCUCAGGAAGAGAAGGCCGCUGUUAUAUAAAAUCUUAUUUACAGUAUAAUGUACUGCACUCUACGCCGCUUUCUUUUAGAUCUAUACAGAAAAAUGAGCGUCCAGCAGCUAGAAGCCCUCAUGGACUAUUUAGAGGGCCAACAAGAGCUUGCCCUCGGACGGUGCACACGCUCCAAAGAGGGGCGUAGUCUGGCGAAAAGGUUGUGGCAGGAGUGCGCCACUAUAUUAAAUAAUGUAUCUGUAGACUGCGCCCAGAAAACAGGAGAGCAAUGGCGGAUGGUGAGUUGUUAUGUAUUAAAACGAUGGCAGAGAUGAUAGUUCAUGCAUACCUAUUAAUUAAAUGUAUUACAACAACUUAUGACUUGUUUUCAGUUCUACAACGAUUACAAGUACCGACUGCUAAAAAAAAAUAAAAAAGAAAAAAUUGAAACGAGCGCUACAGGUGGAGGGUUUGCCGAAAUAAGUGGCUUGUCUCCAAUUCAGGAGAGGCUAUAUUCAAUUUUGGGCCGAGAUGUGGGUGAACCCAUACCAGGAGUUCGGCACAACCCCUUUAUUAACUGAUGAAGUACCGGUGCUCAUUCUGGGAUUCAUUGAAAUGGAGGUUGAGCGGUUGAAUUCGGGGGCCUCUUAUAAUACAAUCGAUAUAUUCGAUGAAUAUGUUGAUGAGGUCCCCAUUGAGACAGAGACUGCAAGCUCUAUGCCUCUAUCGAUAGAACCUGCAAGCUCUAUGCCUGUACCGCCAGAGCCUGCAAGCUCUGUGCCUGUACCAACAGAGCCUGCAAGCUCUCAGGCUACGCAGCAGCCAGAACAAGCUGCUCCGCGGCGACGUCGUCGUCGGCGGCGUCAAGAAGUGGAUGCUGAACCAGAAGAGCAAUCAACACUUCGCACUGCCACCGAUAUGCUGCAAAACAUUGAGGUGGCCAGUUCGAAUGCUACGAAUAGGCUUGCUGCAGCCAUAGAAAGCCUUGCGGCAAGGCUUAGUGAGCCUAUUCGCAUAGAGCUAGAGCAGCCAGCAUCCACAACGGGUACAUAGAAGGAAUAGAAGGAUUAUUAUUGAUUCAGAUAGUGAUUGAAUAUUAUUAAUGUAAAUAUUGUUGAUUAUUGUUAUGAUUGAUCUCUUGAUUUUUUAUAUAUCAUUUUUAUUGCCUUUAGUUAUUAGUAAAAUAAAUCAUAUGAAUGUAACUUUGAUCUCAUUAGAUUUUUUUUAA